AUGCUGGGUCUGGGACUCACUGGGGAGGGGGAGCGCGAGCGGAAGCGACACCGCGCCCGGCACACCAAGUCUCGCCACGGCUGCUUCCCUUGCAAGCUCCGAAGGGUCAAGUGCGACGAGGUGCGGCCAACCUGCGGUGCGUGCUCGUCUCGACGAGAGCCAUGCGCCUUCCCCGACCGGUCGAUAUUUCCUGAUCCAGCGGCCACAGCAAGCAAACCAUCAGCAAGAGGACGUCGAACCCGGUCGCCACAGUCGGAGCCACUGGCCGCCAAUCAGUCACAGCCAAGUAGGCCUCCGCAACCGCCAAUUGACCGUGUCUUGCCCAUGGAAGAUCUGAGGCUCCUCCAGUUCUAUCAUUUGCAUACCGCCGCUCAGAUGGCCUUUGAUGCGAAGCGAAGGCGCGCUUGGGAGCGCGUUAUCCCGGCCCUGGCCGCGGAGCACGAUUAUCUUAUGCAUUUGCUCCUUGCUCUAGGCGGCGCACACAGUGGAUUCAGGGAGGAGGUGUCCCAAAUCAGCCAAUUCAACUGCGAAGCCAUUUGCGCUGGGUCUCUGCUACUGGUCGCGUUCGCCUACGCGUCGUUUCAUCUCAGCGGACUGAACACGCAGGGUGUGAAUGAGGAGUUACUCUUGGAUCUUGCAAGUAGGAGCUUAGGCGACAAUGAGCUCCACCUUCGCUGGCUGCACUUGAUAAGAGGGAUUUCGUCCGUUGUACUCGACCAGUGGGCAACCCUCAAGGCGAGUCGUCUGCGGCCCUUGCUGUUAUUCUUCCACGGCGAUGACUAUUGGAAUGAUGUUCCAUUUGAGCUCUCCCUAACACGGCUCAGUCGUUGUUCGCCACGUCUGCGGGUAUUUGUUGCAGGCUCAAGUCACGCAAUUGCGGAGCUGCACGCGGUUUGGGCUGCCAUUCAACCCCCGAGUCUCGAUAUCUCCAGUAAUGUUGAAUCUCCAUCUUCCCUCGCUUCCUCGACGACAAUAGAUGGACCAUAUAACGAACAGGUGAGGGCCAUCGGCGUCUUGGAAAUGAUCUACUCACGGAUCAAUGGCGCCUUGCAAUGCUCCACUGGAGAGCAAGGCCACCCGAGCGAUCUCGAUGUCCAAAAUAAUCUGGAAGAGGCCACGGUGCUUUCCUGGCCAAUCCUGCUCGCCAGUGAUUUCAUCGCCUGCUUGGAGAUGGCAAAUCAAACAGAUCCCGUCUGGCGACAUUCGUUGAUCAUCCUUGCACACUUUUAUGUUAUCAACACCUUGGUGGACCGCUGGUAUCUGAAGGGGAUGUUUGAACGAGAGAUAUUCAAGAUGUCUGAUCUUAUCGGCGUCACAAGCGACCCUCAGUUGGCUUCGCUCAUGAGAUGGCCCAUGGCAGUCAUCACCUCUUGA